GUUCCAUAAUGCAACAUAAAUCGGAUUUAGUUAUGCUUAUAAACACCUAUCACAAAUCUUCUUUAAUUCAUCGCAUUUUUUUAUUGUAAUUAUCACUUUUAAACAAAAAAUAGAGGGAGUUUUCUACGUGACUCAAUUGUUCCCAUAGUUACUAAAUGUUGUCAGAAGUUUUCCAUUGUAGGGAACUAUUGCGCGACUUGUUUUUGUUGAGUUCAUAUCUGAAGCGCCCUUUCAGUGAGAGGAGACAUGAGUGGGGAACUCCUCAUCAAAAAGAAAGCAGAUCAUCAUGACCAGGCAGGUGUCAAUGCUAUGUCACAGUUUCAGUUUGAGAAGGCUGUGUCCUGUUUCUCAAAGGCCAUACUGCUCCAGCCUCAACAGACACAGUUCUAUGUACAGCGAGCAGAAGCUUACCUUCAACUGUGUGAUUUUCAGUCUGCAGCACUGGAUUACAAACUCACCUGUAUGCUGGAACCACAAAAUGAGGUCUAUUCACAGAAACUGGCCUUCAUUUACUACCUGCAGGGUCAGUGUCUCUAUGAUUUGGGGAUGUCUGUGGAGGCUUUGGAGUCUUUCACAAAAGCAUCGGAAAUCAAUCCCGCUUUCCGGCCUUAUCACAUGAGGAGCUUGGCCUGUCUGACUGCUCUGGGCCGAUUCUCGGACUGUCUUCGUCUGGUCAGUAACUGGUUGGAGACAGGUGACCCUUCAGCUGACCUCUUUACUUUAAGAGCCCGCCUACACCAGCAGCUCAAUCAGAUGACUUUGUGCUAUCAUGACGUGAGAUCCGCGCUUAGACUGAAACCAGGUUGUCAGGAGGCGAAUGCUCUGUUGAAGAAACUGCAGGAAACGGCGGAACGUUCUCAUCAUGCAGCCGUUGAAAAAGCGCUGAUGGGAGAGCUUUCAGAUGCACUGGGGAAAAUAAACACAGCUCUGGAGUAUAACCCCAGUAAAGCACGCUACUAUCUCUUUAGGGGGAUUCUGUAUCGUCGUCUUAAAGACUUCACUGCUGCCAUCGAUGACUUUGUUCUUGCGGUUGAGUUAUGUGGGAUUGGAGAAGAACCACCUGAGGGUGAGGAGCAGGAGAUCUCAGGGGCUUUAGAAGAGGAUACUCAAACCCAACUGGUGCUCACGUACAAUGAUUUUGCAGUUCAGUGCUUCUCCAAGGGUUUGUAUAGGGAAGCUGUCGUGCUGCUAAACAAGGCCAUCGAGAAAAAGAGAGACGAGAGUGCGCUGUUCAUCAACAGAGGAGAUUGUUUUUAUAAGCAGUGCGAGUGGAUGUUUGCAUUGGCGGAUUAUCAGCUAGGAGAGGAGAUGGAUCCCGACAACACGGCUAUCCGUCUACGACUCGCUGUCAUUCACAACACGCUGGGCCUGCACAGAUUCAACAAGAAGAAGUACCAAGAGGCUGCGGACAUGUUUUCAGUAGCUAUAAAGCACAACCCUGCCGUGGUUCAGUACUACGAAAAUCGAGCCAAAGCUUAUAGCAAAGCAGGCAAACUGGAAGAAGCAAAGCAGGAUGCCAUCAGAGUUCUUAUCUUAAAUCCCACAAAUGAGCAGAUGGUGGCUUUGCUGUUGCGUCUGCUCCCAGGAUGCUCUCUGUCUGACAUCAUGUCGUGUGCUACUGCGCAGUCUGUCAAGAGGCAGAUGAUGGCAAAGAUUGAAGCAUUUAAACAAGCUGCCUCCAAAGUGUCAAGAAUUGGUAAGAUGGGCCUUGUUGAAGAUGACAGCCAAACUCACGCUUCACUGACUGAUGAUGAUCCAAAGCAGAAGGUGCAGACAGCACAGGUGGACAGAAAACUAGUCCAGAGCAAACAACAGUUGAAUCAAGCAGUGAAGAAAGCUUUACACCAGAGGCGUCCCCUGCGCUGUGACAGGCCACGUCUGGCCCCUACGCCCCGUGAACGUGAAGAGACUGAAACUCAGGAACGACCGUAUGUGUGGAGGAAAUUUAGGGGUCUUGGGCUCAACUGUUGAAAGUCUGAUGGAACAUGGAAUCCCAUUGACUUCCAUUGUAUUGAUACAAAACCAUUUCUCAAAAUAUCUUCUUUAGUGUUUAAAAAGGAAAGAGUCAUAUAGAUGUUUGAACAACUUUGGAAUUAAAAAGUGACAGAUUU